AUGGCUCCUAGCCGCGGGGGCUUGCGACCUACCAGCGCCCCACGAGUUGCUGAGCAUCUAGAAGGUACAGGAGGUGACGCAAAAGGUCCAAAUCCUUUCAAAGCGGAUCACUCGCAAUACCUUCAAGAGCUCCGUCGGCAAAACUCCAAAGUAGGAUCUAGCAGCAAGCGUGCCAAGACUUCGCCCUCCGUGGCACAUCUGCGGGACCGGGAGAGAGAGCAUGUGGUUUUGCAAUCCUUGGAGAGGCUUGAGCACAAGCACACAGCCGAGCGAGCUGUCAGGGAUUUGAAGGAGGUGAUUGAGACCGCCUCCGUGGAGGAGCUCCGACGAUUCCUUCGCACCGCCUUCGACCCCAAGAGACCCUUGGUUGCUAGCAAAGCUCGGCAACAACUGCUGUUGCUCCUGAGAUCCGUGGUGCGGCGCUUCCAUUCGCUGAAUGCCGCGACGGAUGCCACCAGUGCACUGAAGGAGAAAGUCUUGCCUUUAUUGGUGCAUGCUCUCAGGAGCGCGGAUUUGGUCAAAGUUGUGGUGUCGACCCUGCACGACAUCUUGGACUGCCAUGUGCCUGAAGAGGCGCCAGAGGUAGCCAAAGAGGGCUUCUUGCAAGCAGGUCGUGCCAUCCUCCAAGCAUUGAUGGACCCAUUGGCCUUAGGUAUGGGCUGGGAUUCCGAAGUGAAGCGUCGCUGUGUGUCUACACUUGCAGCUAUCACACCUGAGCUUCUCCGGCGCGCACGCCAAUGCGCACAGGGGGCUGAGGGAGAUCCGCAGGUGCAGGACCUGCUCCAGACCUAUGGCCGAUUGUUGGUUCAUUGCUUGGAGGUGUCUUCAGACUUGCAUGAGGGCCUCCUUCAAUGCUUGCUACAGCUUUCUGGAGAGGCAACUAUCACUGGCCUAGCACCGUACGCUAGAGAACUGGCUACCUUGUGUGCUGCGCAUCUGGUGGAAACUCCCUCGGCUCCACCGGCAUAUCUGCAGCAAGUGAAGGAUUUGCCACGGUCAGAGUCACCGCCACCUCGUCGGGCCUUGACUCGAGAACUCGCUUUGGCAUGUUGCUUGUUGCUGGAACGCCUGGCCCCACUGCAACAGGCGAGCAACGAAAAAGGAAUGCCAUGGCCACAACUGAGAGCUCAGGUUCUACAUGCCUUCGAUCGAGAGAACUUGAAUCUACAGCGGCUUACGCGCGGCCAUGAGAGGAUCCGCAAAAGCAUCAAGGAUGCCAAGCAGGCUUGGGAGGCCUUGCCGGAGAAUCUGGACGAGGCGAAGGAGUGCCAGGAGGGGUUGGAGGAGCCCAGAACACGCAACCGCGUGGUGCAAUCAAUCUUGGAAAUGAGACAGAUGGAGCAGAUGGAGGCUGAUGCUAUGAAUGCUGCCGGCGCCGAGGCAGAAGAUGCUUCACUGCCAACAGGAGAACCUGGACCCGAACCUGCUGAAGCAUCCCAACUGCCUCCGGAUGGGCUGGACUCCUUGCAGCUGGAAGAGAUGCCUCGACGGAGUUCAACAUCCAUGUAUUUGCAGGACCAGGUGGGCAGGCCGAACGAGGUGAUUCGCUUGGAAAGUGAACUUCCCGGCCAUGCUGCAGGUCGAGUGCCUAGGACACCGCCUCCUUGUGGUGCAGGACGACUCCCCAUGGAUCAGCCCUGUGAGAAGGUAAAGCCAGCAUCAAAAGUGGAUGCCUCAACUGAGACUGGUGACAUGCCUACUUCAGUGCCUUCGUCUACCUUUGCAGAUGCAGCUACGGAGACAACACCGCGUUUGGAAGAUGCCACCAAGUCAGAAAGGCCCGCCAGGCCUGCAUUCUCAGUGGAGGUUUGCCCACGCAUCACCCAAUUGAAUCCAGAGGACUGCCCAUUACUGGGCGGAAUUCUGGAUUAUUUGGCUGCUGGCCGAGUAGACUUGGCCAUGCAAAGCAUUUUCAGUUUCGGCAAUGAGCAGAUGCUGCGGUCUGUUUUGGGCCGUUUGGAUUCUGAGGAGGUUUGGCUUCAGUUGCCCAAGCCAGAGGCAAAGCAUCUUGUCAAACUGUUGGUGGCUUUGAUUUGCAGAGAUCCUUGCAGUUCAGCAGCACGGGAAGCGUGUCCCUGGCUGGAGAGCUUGAUGCGAUCUCCCUAUCAAACUUUGCUGCCAGCAGAGGAGCUUCCAAAGUUGCAAGGAGCUUUGUUUAGUUUGUCCUCGGUUGGUGGCAUGGGUGGUCCCACAGCAGCGCGGAUCUAUUUUCGGCUCUUUCAGAAAACCAUAGCACCUUCAUUUCAGCCGGUGUUCCAAAAAAGCAGCCAAAGGACAUUUGCUGCGCGUGAGAACAGCUCAGUUGCCCACGCCUUCUGA